AUGCCAUCCACUCUCGCCCUCGUAGCUUUAGGCGUUGCAGCCAUAUACGGAUUUCUCCAAUUCGUCUUGAAUUCGACGCAAGAUGCGCGUGAACCACCGGUUGCUGAGAGGUCCAUACCCUUCUUAAGUCCUAUAAUGGGCAUCAUCAAAUAUAAAACACUUUACUAUAACAACAUUAGGAAAGAAGGCAACCGACUCCCAAUCUACACUUUACGUCUCCCUAGAAUACGAGCAUACAUCAUCAACGCUACGGAGCUUAUCCCGGUAUUGCAACGACAAUGGCGAACUAUCAGCUUUACGCCGAUCAUGGCCAGCGCAGGCCAAACAGCCUUAGGCAUGAGCCAGGCCGGCACAGAUAUCCUCCAGAAGGAUAUCACCAGCGACAGCAAUUCCGUCGUCGGGUUGAUGCCAAUAAUGGCACGCGUGAUGGCACCUGGGCCUUCACUCAAUUCCAUGGUCAGAACAGCAGUCAAAGUCAUGACUAACAGUAUAGAUAAACUCGAGCAAGGCAAUGAGGCCUACACUAAAAUCAAGCUGUACGAAUGGACGCGCCAUGAAAUACUCAUGGCGACGACUGAGGCCGUCUUUGGGCCAAAGAAUCCUUACCGGGAUCCUACUAUUGAAUCUGCCUGGAGAACUUUCGAACCAUCCUACCUUUCCAUCGCCAUCUCCCCCCUAAAACCCCUCACCUCUCCCAAGGCAUUCCAAGCUCGUGAAGUUCUCGCCACGUCUUUUGUGUCUUACCUUGAGAACAACGGGCCCGAAACCGCGUCAGAUUUUAUCCGCGCUGCACACACUCACCACGUUUCCCAUGGCUUCACUACCAAUGACCUGGCACGUUUCGAGAUCGGGCAUACGCACGCCAUCAACGGGUCCACGGCUCCGACUACGUGGUGGCUUCUUUGGCAUCUCUAUUCAGAUCCGGUGGUGUUGAAUGAGGUAAGGCAGGAAUUGGAGAGAUUGGUUGUUGAUACCUCUGAGCCCCACGCCGAAAAGACGAGAACUUUGGAUCUAUCCCUCCUCCCCAAGCACACCCCCAUACUCCAUAGCACCCUCAAUGAGACUCUCCGCUUCCGAACCAUGGCCGCGGCCGUCCGCCUUUGUCUUGAGGAUCAUCUCCUUGACGGAAAGUAUCUUCUAAAAAAGGGGGGAAUAGUCAUUGUACCGCAGCCGUUACACCAUUCGUCCACUUCAGCUUGGGGAGAGGACGUUGGACAUUUCAACCACCGUAGGUUUAUACCGGGAAGUGGAGCGGCGGGAAAGGAAACCGAGUCGAAUAAAAGAAAAGCGUAUGAUAAAGCAGCAUUCCUCGCAUUUGGUGGGGGCCACACAUUAUGUCCAGGCCGGCACUUCUCGACGAUGGAGAUCUUAGCUUUUGCGGCGAUGAUGGUAUUGAGAUUUGACGUUGAGCCAGCGAUAGGGGACAGAUGGGUGGAGCCGACAUGGAAGAGAACACCCAUGGUGGCAUCCUUACAGAUCCCAGACGAAGAUAUAGAGGUCAAGGUCAGAGCGCGGGAUAAUGAUGAAAGGCGGUGGCGUUUUAUCGGUUUAAGGGAGGUUGGAAGUUCGGUUUAA